AACUCCUAAACCCAAACACUACAAGACACGUACGAGAAGAUGUAUGAAUACAACGACAUGUAUGAAUACAACGACGAAGAUGGAGGGAUUCAGUUUCAACCCUACGACGACGAACUCAUCAACGAAUAUUUAAUCCCCAAAUUGGAAGGUAAACCGCGUGGAGAGAUCACUAUGAAGGAUGUUUACUCAAAAGAGCCAUGGUUGCUGGACCAUCCCAUGGGUUCGUUUUUCAAGAAGAACGAGUGGUACUACUUUGUGACAAGGACUCAACUCUCUAAAAAGAAAAUAGGUUGUGGUAAGAAAGCGAAACGGAAGAUCACCCGAGACAAUGAUAGUGGGUCUUGGAAAGCUAAUGCGAAAGGUGAUAUCAAGGACAAGGAAGCAAAGAUGGUCAUUGGGGAACACCAAACCCUAGCGUUUGUUAAAAGCGAAGUAAAUAACAAGAAGAAGCAGAAGAGUGGAGACGGUACUUCUUGUGAUGUUGUUGUACCAGGUAGCGAGAAUAGCUGGAUUAUGACAGAAUAUAUGCUUCCGGAAAUAGAAGAUAAGUUUCGUGAGCUGGUCAUAUGCAAGAUUCAUAUGAUCGAGAAUUCCAAUAAGAAGAAGAAGGAUGACCGUCAUGAAGCUUCUACUUCUAGUAAUCAUCAACAACAUGAGUCUGCUCUAGCUUCUUCUUUCUCUGAUCAGCAGAUGCAACAUCCGAUCAAUGAACCUCAUCAUCAACAUGAGUCUGCUCUAGCUUCUUCUUUCUCUGAUCAACAGCUGCAACAUCCAAUCAAUGAACCUCAUCAUCAACAUGAGUCUGUUCUAGCUUCUUCUUUCUCUGACCAGCAGCUGCAACAUCAGGAUCAUGAAGCUUCUACUUAUCUUAAUCAUAUUGACUCUUCUACCUCGGAGCAGCAGCCGAUCAAUAAUGUUGAUCAUGGAACUUUACUAGCUCCUAUUUUGGGGCAGCAGCCGAUGAAUUUGUCUGAUGAUCUAGCUUCUUUUUCCUCGGAGGAGCAGCCUACUAAUUUUAUAGGCAAGAUUCAAGAGAAUAAUAAGAAGGACGAUCAUGAAGCCUUUAUUCCUCAUCAUUACGAGUUUCUUGCUGAUUCCUCUGCAAAGCAACAGCCGGUUAAUGAAGAUCAUCGCCAUGUUCCGGAGAUUCCGCUCAUAGGAUCAGAAAACAAUGAUCAAGUGUUUGAAGCUUCUCGUCAAGUAUCGGAAAAAGAUGAACAAGUUUACAUUGAUGCUCCUCUUGAAGAAGAAGGAGGAGAAUGGAUGCAACGAUUUACAAAUAUGUUGAAGACAAUAUUGAAUACUUCGAGUAUGCCUAUGGAAGAAGAUGUUGACAUGAUUUACGAAACACCGUGGAUUGACCAGGACUUGCUUGAUCAGUAUGCUACUCUCCGCCCCCAAGAAUGGUCUUAGCUCUAGGAAUCUGAGCAAUGAUCAAGAUUUUAGAUAUCGUAGUGUAAAAUAGAUUUGGUUUAGAAUAGGAUCUUGGAAGACAUUGCAUUUCAAUUAUCCAGUUGUUACGUUGUACGCUUACUUUUCAUUAUAUAGAAAAAAUACACAUUCUUUUUUUAUAUUUAUAUUUCGGUUGGUUGUGUCA